UUUAAUAUUUUUUUUCGUGGCAAUUAAUUGUGAUUUUCGAAACUGUGUGAUUGCAAAAGAACGACAACAAAAAGAAAGUUCCUUAAGCAAGUGAUAAGUUAAAAACUGCAAAAAGCAAAACAAAUAAAGAAAAGCAACAAAAGCAAAAUCAAACUAAAAACAAAAUCGUGCAAGCCAAGAAUCGUGCUUCGACAAAAGGACACGAUAAACCCGCUGAAUUUGGACCAGUUGCGCUUUGUCCCCCAACCCCCCGCUCCCCCCCACAACGAAAAGCCCAAACGGAAGUGAGAUUCAAAAAACGAUCAAACGCGCUUAGCAUGCAAAAAUGAUUUGCUCGCUGACAAGCUCAACCUUCUUGCCACUGCUGGCGGCAGUAGUGUGUUUGGCAUUCGGCCUGUCUCUGGUGGCCGGCACACCGAUCGCGUUCACGCCCGAGGAUCUGGAGAUCAAGCAUCGCUGCAGCAAAGAUCUGGCCGAGACCAUCAAUGUGAUCUGUCAGGGUCGCACCGUCUCGCUGGGCCAGCUUUAUCCCAAAAGCUUUGGCAAGCGCACCAAGCGCUUCGCUACCGACGAGACCUUCUACAGGCCACUGCAGAAUGGGCCCAUACACGAGUGCUGUCUGCGCGCCUGCGGCUAUCCCGAGAUACGUCAAUAUUGUGCGCCCGAUUAGGGACUCAAUUUGUACACAUUAUCAUAUAUAGAUGCAUUAGGCAAUGCCAGCUGAUGUUGCCCACCCACGCCCACACCCACCCACCCACACACACGCACACCAUACGCCUAACGGCAUCUAUUUCAAUACACCACACACACACACACACACACACACACACACGCCCAUACACUAAUUAUAUUGUAUUAAUUUAAGCUAUGCACUAAUAAAAAUUUAUACAACUAUGAGAGCAA